AUGUCCGAGCACGAGGAAACGUUUCCCAGCGCGGGAGGCUACGAUGCCCCCGUUCCUGAACUUGACGACCAUCGACAGCAUUCAACCACUCAGCGAGUUGAGCGGCCGCGCCGAGGAACUUUCGACAGUUUGUACGGCGCUCGCCAUCUCGAGUCCGAGCCCAGCAACGCGGCGGUUAGAAUCCGUGAUUUUGAAGAGGCCAUCCUCGACGAAGAGGGAGAUGCCCAGCCUACGCCGCGACAUGGCCGUCGCCCGACGGUGGAAUCGUCGGUUGAUGGUAGAUCCAUCUCGCCCCCCAAUUCGGUCAAAGCGUUCGCCGAGGCUCGACGAAGAGAGCGCGAGAUGUCCUUCUCUGGGGGUAGGGAUGAGGUUGAGGAAGUCCUUGGCCGCGCCAUGUCCAUCUCUAGCCGGCGAAGCCAUCGCAGUCACGUUGGAGAAGCCGAUGCCAGAAGCUUCCUGACCAACAAGACCGCCGAAGAAGACGUCUGCUAUCCUCUCCAGGAGACGCAUCCCAAGCAGCACGACCUCCGAAUCGACUUCGAGUAUCUCGAGGACUUUAUGGCUGAAGAGCGGGCUGAACGAGCUGCCCGAGCAGAGGUUCAAGCCUCAGAGAGCUUCAGAGACUUGCGGCGCACGUCUACUUUACCGAAGCCGGUGCAGAUGGUGACGGUGGACGGCGAUAUUCUCGAGAUCCCCUCUGACGACUCCAUGUCUAACGAGAAGGUGUCCACGGAGGGCGUUUCUCCUCCCAAGCUCCAGCAGAAGCCCCCGGUCGACAGCACACGCUUCAGCUUCUUCUCGUCCGCAUGGGAGUCGACGAUUCACGCCGCAGAGAUGGCCGAUCUCGUCCUCCCGGGAGAGGACAUCCGAGGGCUGUUUGAACUUCCAGAGGACGAGGAUGGCGGUGUCUGGUGGCUCAAUGUCAACCAUGCCACAAAGGCAGAAGUGUACGGCCUUUGCAAAGCGUUUGGCGUUCACCCUCUGACCAUUGAAGAUAUUGUCACCCAGGAAGCCCGAGAGAAGAUUGAGCUCUUCCCGUCGUACUAUUUUGCGUGCUUCCGGUCGUUUAAUGUUGUAGACGAACCUGAUGGGAAAGAAUACGAGCCUUUCAACAUCUAUGUCAUUGUGUUUAGAGAGGGAACGCUCAGCUUCAGCUUUACGCCCAACUCUCAUGCUUCAGAGGUGCGCAAGAGGAUCACGGCCCUCAAGGACUAUGUCUCUCUUAGCAGCGACUGGAUUUGCUAUGCUUUGAUUGACAACAUUGUUGAUAGUUUCGCCCCUGUUAUCAACCAGAUUGAGAUUGAAGCCGACGCCAUUGAAGACGAAGUGUUUGUCAUGCGGUACGACGAUUCAAACACGUUCCUGCGGUCUAUUGGACGGGUGCGGAAGAAUUGCAUGGCCCUCCUGCGACUCUUGGGCGGCAAGGCUGACGUCCUCCGCGGAUUCACCAAGCGCUGUAAUGAAAACUACCAGGUGACGCCGCAUAUGGACAUUGGCAUGUACCUUGGCGACAUUCAGGAUCACGUCGUGACCAUGGCGACCAACCUGGGCCACUUUGAAAAGAUUCUGUCUCGCGCCCACAGCAAUUACCUGGCCACCUUGUCCAUCAACAGCAUCUCCCAGGGCACCGACACGAACCGAGUGCUGAGCAAGAUUACCAUGAUCGGAUCCAUUCUGGUCCCGCUCAACUUGGUCAGCGGUGUGUUUGGAAUGAACGUCAAGGUGCCGUUUGGCGGGGGUGAAAGCCUCGGGCCGUUCUUUGGCGUCAUCGGCUUCAUGGCUGUUCUCUGCAUUCUGAUGAUUACUGUGGCGAGACUAAAGCGCUGGAUAUAA